UAAAAAUGUCGGCUACAGUCGCUCCGCAACCGCCUAGUGCUAAUGCGAAUGCUGCUGCUGCAAAUCAAGCGCCGGUUUUGAACACUCCAUCUUAUCCAAUGGCUUCGCUUUAUGUUGGUGAUCUUCAUCCGGAUGUUACCGAAGCAAUGCUCUUCGAGAAGUUUAGUACUUCUGGACCGGUUCUUUCCAUUCGUGUCUGCCGUGAUGCAAUUACGCGUCGUUCUCUUGGCUAUGCGUAUGUCAACUUUCAGCAGCCUGCCGAUGCUGAACGCGCUCUCGAUACGAUGAACUUCGACCUUCUUCUGAACAAGCCAAUUCGCAUCAUGUGGUCUCAACGUGAUCCAAGUAUUCGCCGUUCUGGUGCUGGUAAUAUUUUCAUCAAAAAUUUGGACAAGCACAUCGACACCAAAGCUAUCUACGACACUUUCUCAAUGUUUGGAAACAUUUUGAGCUGCAAAGUUGCUUGUGAUUUGGAAGGAAAUAGCAAAGGUUAUGGUUUCAUUCAUUUUGAGACUGAAGAUGCUGCUAAUAAGGCUAUUGAAAAAGUUAAUGGAAUGCUUUUGGAUGGAAAGAAAGUGUUUGUUGGAAAGUUCAUUCCUCGUUCACAACGCGAAAAGCAAAUUGGCGAUGCUGCUAGUCGUUUUACCAACGUUUAUGUGAAGAAUUUUGGCGAUGCUAUCAAUUCUGAUAAACUUCAUGAAAUCUUUUCUGCAUUUGGAGAAAUUAUUUCUGCAAAAUCGAUGGAGGAUAAUGAUGGAAAGCCUAAAGGUUUUGGUUUUGUUGCGUUCAAGGAUCAUGAGAGCGCUGCUCGAUCGGUUGAAGAAAUGAAUGAGAAGGAAGUUCCUGGCCGUGCAGAUUUACAUUUUACUGUCUGCCGUGCACAGAAGAAGAGUGAACGCCAAUCUGAACUGAAACGUCGUUAUGAACAAUUCAAGGCUGAUCGUAUUCAACGCUUCCAAGGAGUCAAUCUUUAUGUGAAGAAUUUGGACGAUACAGUUUUGGAUGAUGCUCUUCGUAAACAUUUUGAACAACAUGGAGCUAUUGCUAGUGCUAAGGUCAUGUGUGACGAAAAUGGACGUUCUAAAGGAUUUGGUUUUGUUUGUUUUGAGAAACCUGACGAUGCGACUAAAGCGGUUGUUGAAAUGAAUAAUAAAAUUAUUGGGAAUAAACCACUUUAUGUUGCUUUGGCUCAGCGCAAGGAGGAUCGUAAGGCUCAACUUGCUUCUCAAUACAUGCAACGCUUGGCUGCUAUGCGUAUGCAAAACCCUCCUGGAAUUAUGGGAACAAUGUAUGCACCAGCUAGUGGAGGAUUUUUCCUGCCCCAAGCUCUUCAAAAUCAACGCACUCCAUCAUUCAUGCCAACUACAAACAUUCCUGGAGCUCAAUUCCGUGGAAUGCAGCCACGAUGGAAUGGCGGUUUUGGACAUCCAAUGCAAGGCUACAUGAUGGGACAAAAUGCCGGUGGUCCUUAUGCUAAUCAAGUCGCUCGUGGUCCUCGUGGCGGCGGUGGUGGUAUGGGCGGACCUGGCGGAAUUCGUGGUCCUUAUGGUGGAGGCGGACAGCAACGUCAACAGCAACAGUCUCGUAUGCCUGGAAUGGCUGCUCAGCAAGGUCAAAUGCGUUAUCAGGGCCAGCCAAAAACAAUGCAACAGAAUAAUGCUGUCGCAUAUUCUUCCUAUCCAAACCCGAUGAAUCAACAGCGUGGUCCGCAGUUAUCUGGAGGUGGGGCUGGACAUGGAAUGGCUGCUGGUCGUCCAGAGAAUCUUACAAACCAACUUUUGACUGCUAACAACAUUCAGGAGCAGAAGCAAAUUCUUGGUGAGCAGCUCUAUCCAAUGGUAUCUCGCUAUUGCCGUGGAGAAGAUGCUGGAAAGAUUACUGGAAUGAUUUUGGAGAAUGAGAAUUCGGAAAUUUUGAUGGUUCUUGAAAACGAUGAAUUGCUUCGUUCCAAAGUUUCGGAUGCUGUUGAAAUGAUUCAAGCUUCUCGUGUAGCGCAGCAGCAGCCGCACUAG